ACUGAACCGGAUAACCAACCUAUGUAUACCGAGAGCCCAUUUACUCACCCAGAUGACUCACCUACUAGCACUGAGGUUGCUGCUUCUGCCCAUGGGAACCUCUUUCCCCACACUGAUUCCCCACCCAAUACACUAGGUAACCCACCUUUUAAUACAGAAGGCCCUAUAACUCACCCAGAUUACUCACUUACUCACAACGAGGUUGACGUUUCUAACCAAGAGAACCUCUUUCCCCUCACAGAGUCCCCACCUACUGAAUCUGAUAACCCACCUAUUUACACCGAGGGCCUAUUAACUCACCCAGAUAACUCACUUACUCACACUGAGGUUGAUGUUUCUAACCAAGGGAAUCUCUUUCCCCAAACAGAGCCACCACCUACUGAACCUGAAAAACAGCCUAUUUAUACCGAGGGCCUAUUAACUCACCCUGAUAACUCACUUACUCACACUGAGGUUGAUGUUUCUAACCAAGAGAACCUCUUUCCCCAAACAGAGCCGCCACCUACUGAACCUGAAAAACAGCCUAUUUAUACCGAGGACCCAUUGACUCACCCAGAUAACUCACUUACUCACACUGAGGUUGAUGUUUUUAACCAAGGGAAUCUAUUUCCCCAAACAGAGCCCCCAACAACUCAACCAGAUAACCAACCUACUUUUACCGAGGGCCCAUCAACUCACCCAGAUGACUCACCUACUCAUGUUGAGGUUGUUGUUUCUAACCAAAGAAACUUCUCUACCAACACAGAGCCCUCACCUACUAAGCCAGAAAACCCACCUACACAUACCAAGGACCAAUUACCUCACCCUGAUAACUCACCUACUCACAUAGAGUUUGCUGUUUCUAACCAAAGAAACGUAUCUACCAACACAGAGCCCUCGCCUACUAAACCAGAAAACCCACCAAGGCAUACCAAGGGCCAAUUACCUCACCUUGAUAGCUCACCUACUCACAUAGAGUUUGGUGCUUCUUCCCACUGGAACCUCUUUCCCCACACAGAGUCCCCUACUGAACCAGAUAACCAACCUAGGUAUACCGAGGGCCCAUUACCUCACCCAGAUAACUCACUAAAUCACAAUGAGGUUGCUGUUUCUAACCAUGGCAAUCUCUUCCCUCACACAGAGCUUCCACUUACUGAACCAGAUAACCAACCUAUGUCUAUCGAAGGCCCAUUAACUCACCCAGAUGACUCACCUACUCACACUGAAGUUGCUGUUUCUGCCCACCGGAACCUCUUACCCCACACAGAGCCUCAACCUACUAAGCCAAAUAACCCACCUGCUAAUACCAAAGGCCCUGCACCUCACCCAGAUAACUCUACUGACAACUUUGUCAUCUCUUCAGCCCAAGAGAAUGUUCCCUCUCAACACCUUCAUUGUGACAUUGGCUGUAUCUGCAAGAAGGAAAAAUGCAAACCACUAGUUGGAGCAUUCUGCCCAAAGUGUGAUUCCGAAGGGAACUUCCUACCCCAGCAAUGCUUCGAGUCUACAGGGUACUGCUGGUGCGUCAACAUCAUCACCGGAAUUCCAAUCCCCGGCACAGAAACACCACCAGGAAUAAAACCACUGAACUGUGAAAAGCCAGCAGAAAAUUCAGAUGAGAGAAAAGAAAAACAUGACAACAAGAAAAAGGAACGGUCCAGUGAAGAGGAUUCAGAUGAAGAAAAGUCAGAUGAAAUGGACAACUGUCCAGAAGAUUGGUCCAGCUUCGACGAUCGAUGUUUUAUCUUCAACGAGAAUGAGAAGACUUGGGCUGAAGCCGAGUUUUACUGUCAGUUUGAUGGAGGAAACUUGGCAUCAGUCCACAGUUUUGAGGAGAAUGUCUUCAUCCAGUCUUUGACCAGAGGAGAUUCUCACAACUUCCCAGAAACCUGGCUCGGAGGAGCUAGUGCAGCACGCCCUGACUUUUGGUUGUGGACUGAUGGUUCCAACUUUCACUAUGAAAACUGGCAGGAUGCCGAUCACAAAGAUAAGGAUGAGCUCUGUCUGAAGACCAACUAUGAAUUCAAUUUGAAGUGGACGGCUGCUCCCUGCAACCAAACUCUGCCUUUUGUCUGCUCCAAGAGCCUCAAAGACGACGAUGACUAACAUCUGAGAAGAAACUGAAUGCAUGAAUCUGACAGCAAACGCUCAUGUUUUAAUUUAAUUCAAGUAAAAUAAUCUGUAUCUGACAUUAGUUUAGAGAACCCUUUCCUUGUGUAACAGUCUUCUGUGCUUUAAGCAUAAUAAAAUAAUUUAGUAAA